AUGACAUACCAGAAAGCAGUCAUUAUCACCGCACCCCAGCAUGCAAAAGUGGUCGACGACAGACCUAUUCCGAGGUUGCGCGAUGACUGCAUCCUAGUCAAAACCGUCAGUGUCGCACUGAACCCCACCGACUGGAAGCAUAUCGAUAACCUCGCCAGUCCUGGGGUGCUUGUCGGGUGCGACUACGCCGGCAUCGUGGAAGCCGUUGGCAAGGCUGUGAAGAAACCAUUUGCCAAAGGCGACCGCAUUUGUGGAUUCGUACACGGAUCCAAUGCCGUCCAGCCCGAGGACGGGGCUUUCGCGGAAUACAUUGUCGCUAAGGGAGAUCUCCAGUACAGGAUCCCUGAGGCCAUGGCCUUCGACGAGGCUGCAACGUUAGGCCUGGGAGCCAUCACUGCUGCGCUGGGACUUUACCAGAGCCUCCGUCUUUCACUACCCACUUCCCCAGUGCAGGAGAAAAUCCCAGUGCUGGUGUACGGAGGAUCCACCGCGACAGGGACCUUGGCGAUUCAGCUUGCCAAGCUAUCGGGGUAUACAGUCCUGACGACUUGUUCUCCCCGCCACGCCGAUCGUGUGAAGUCCCUCGGCGCGGACGCGGUUUUCGACUACAACGAUCCCAAUGCCGCCAACGCAGUCAGAAAGCAUACCAACGACAGUCUUACUCUGGCUUUCGAUACCGUGUCGGUCGAGAGCAGUGCGAGAUUUUGUGAUCUGGCUCUUUCCUCGCAGGGCGGAGACUAUAGCUCCCUGCUACCGAUCGCAAUUGAACGGGAGAAUGUACGGGAUCGAGCCACGAUGGCUUACACUGCAUUCGGUGAGAGAUUUAUCUUUGGGCCCAAGGAGAUUCCAGCGCGACCGGUCGAUAGAGAAUUCGCGGAAGCUUUUACUCCUAUUUUCGAGGACUUGCUAGCAAGUGGCAAGGUCAAGCCCCACCCGGUUCACAUUGGUGAUGGUGGGCUGGAUGGUAUUUUGGAUGGGCUGCAGCUGUUGAGGGAGGGAAAGAUUAGUGGCGAGAAGCUUGUUUAUAGUAUCACAGACAGCUAA